CCAAUACACUUACACGCACACACGUUUUCAGACAAAUAAUAUCAAUGGAGAAGAUAUCAAAAUUGCUAGAAGACAAGCCAGUGGUUAUAUUCAGCAUGACUUCAUGUUGUAUGAGCCAUACGAUCAAGUCGCUUAUAUCUGGCUACGGUGCGAAUCCAACGGUAUACGAACUAGAUGAGAUGUCUAAUGGAUCAGAGAUUGAACGAGCAUUGGUCGAGCUUGGAUGCAAUCCGACCGUGCCUGUUGUCUUCAUAGGGCAACAGCUCAUAGGUGGUGCAAAUCAGCUUAUGUCUCUUCAAGUAAGGAACCAACUAGGUUCCGCGCUCAGAAGAGCCGGAGCUAUAUGGAUUUAAG